CCGCCAACUCCUCGCUCAAACCGCAGGCAACGGGCCAUCACUCGAAAAUAAUUCCUGCACCGUACAUACAGCCAAUCAUCUUGCAGGACGCUAAACGCGUUAAAGUAAAACCUACCACCAGAGCGGAGGACUCGGCUCGGUGUAUAAUAAACAUCAUCAGGAUGAGAGACUGGGGAUCAGUAACGCUGGUGGCCACUCUCCUGCUACAGUUUGCCCUCACCUGCGCCGCACAUCCUAGGAGCCUGGAUGAAGACCUCGAGCUGAAGAGUAAGAGGCCUUUUUGCAACGCAUUCACCGGAUGUGGCCGCAAGCGAUCAGGAGACGCAGCUGUGGAGCCUGGCACGCUGGCCACUCAGGAGCAAAUCACGGAGAUCGCCAGACACGUGCUGGGGCAGGACAGGAUGCUGGAGCAACUCCAGCAAAAGGUUGAGUUGAUGCGCGCCCUGGCAUGCGGUUACCCUGAGUUACCGGCCGACGCGACCUACCGAAGGCGUCGAGACGUCCGAGAACCUGCGCACCACGGCCGUGGUCUCAACGCCCAUCACGUGUUGACUCCUCUCCCUGUCAACGAGCGUCAUGAGGCACGACCUCGCACACGCAAAGGGCACGUUAUGAAACAGGCACGAACUACGUUUGCGAACGAACACCAAGACCUGACAACAUCGCCGAACACCGCAACCAGCGGCCGCCAAGAAACGCUCGCUGCGUCGGCCAACCACGAGCAAAGCUUUGGGUCGACCGCUGCCGAAGAAGGGAACAAUUUGAUGUCUGUGAGCAACGAGAAGCAAUCGAACACAGAGGUUGGGAGCGGUGCAGAAGCAGGCCACGAGAGUCAGAAAAUGCAGAGGGAGGAUGAGGAAUAAGAUUCUAAUUUGCACUUACGUCGUUAAAUUAUAACGAGGCUGUCGCUAAACUGACGAGAAAUCAAACAAGGCAUUGCAAUUAUGCACGGAAGGAAAAUGCCAAAAAUUCUCUAAAUUGAUGAAGAUUAAGCAGAUUCUGAGUGAUACUUAAAAAAAUAUAUUUAGCGUGAAAGAAUUACGGGCUAUGGGCGAUUCAAGGUACCGACUGGAGAAACUUUAACGUUUAUUUCUCUAGAAGUACGUAUAAUAAAAUAAUAUUGUAGUGUUCAACAUAGAAGACUUGGUGUGAAAUAGGAAUACGUUAACAGCAACAAUUUGAAACGAAACCAAUAGCAGUGAAAUUAUUAAGAUGAAAUGCUGAUAAUUUUUCCGUGCAAUAUGACUGCGCAAAAUAUUACCAUAAAUUUCUGUGGAAUAUGGUAUUGCAGAUCUUUCAUAUGGUAUUCAAUAUUCUGAAUAUUCUUGGAUGCAUAUGGUAUUGAAUAUUCUUGAUUGCAGAUCUUUUAUUUAUAUAAAUAAAUUACUGGAAUGUUUUUAAGAGCCGCCAAAAAAUUGUGAAGACCGUUAGAGAUGGAAACCUCAACGAUUCUCGCUCGCUAAAGAAGCAAAGUUAGAAAAUGCGAAUAAAUAAUUCUUGUUAACGCAUACGGACGGUGAAUGCAUGGCAGUUUAAGAGAAAAUUUACUUGCACGAAAUUUAAAUUAAAAAUUUCAUUCGUAUAGUAGAAUAAAAGACAAUGCUUUUCUAUAUUAAUGAAUAUUUUCAAUUUUUUGAUAGGGCAUUAUGGACACAAUCACGUUCAUGAUUGGUACUUUGCAUUUGCAUAAAGGCAAAGAAUAAAUAUGGUGUGUAGCAGGACCUAACGAAAAAAUUUUAGAAAUAAAGAAACU